AUGGAAAGCAUCACUCCCCUAUCUGAGGCCCAAAAGGUCGCGCUUGACAAGCUGACCGCAUCUUUGGGUCCAGAGUACGUGGAGUUUCUUGUUUCACAAGGUCCUGAAGUGCUUAAUGCACGUGUUGACGGCUUCAUGCAGUAUGAAGCGACCCUUUUAGGGCAGGUCCAAGACCAAAUAGCGUCGGCUAUGCCUACACGCUUCGUGUCUGUACCAGACGAAGAGGCUAAGCCUCGUCCACUUAAAGUGGACGUAAAAAACUACUCCGGCAAGGAGGGUGAGAAUCUCAUCCUCUGGAUCCGUGAGAUCGAGAUGGCCAUGAGAUCAGGCCUGAUCACGCUUGACCAUCAACAGGUCUCGCUGGCUAUCUCGAAGCUCGAUGGUAGAGCUAGAGAAUGGGCCUUGACGUGUAGCACGUCGGUGGACAUAGCGUUUCCCACAUGGGAGUCGCUCAAAUCACAAUUGGUACAGGUGUUUUCUCCACCUAACCAGGCUUACCGCGUGCGCUCACGCUUUCUUUCUACCCGCCAGGGUAAGAAUGAAUUAUCGGACUAUGUCCAAGAGCUGCGAACGCUCAUGGCUGCAAUGCAGUCUGACCCUCUGCCUGAAGCAGUCCAUGUGACUAUCUUCAUGGAAGGUCUACGUACUGGCAUUGCCAGAACCGAGGUUUUUCGGGUUCACCCCUCUACGUUUGAAGAGGCUGUGAGAAUUGCUCUUAAUGCUGAGCAUAAUUUCAAGUCGGCCAGACUUGGCCGGAACCGAUGGAUCUCAGCUAUGCUGAAGAUGGAGGUGAAGCUGAGCUUCGAGCUGCUGAGCAGCAACACGUUGUAA